AUGGAGAACCAGGACAUCCUUGGUGAAAUAUUCAACAUCAUCAGUUGCGAUUUGGAAGAGCCAGGAAACGUUGCAUGGCAAACAAGGAAGACUCUCUUUUCUGCGGCGCGGACGUGUCGGAUUUUCUUAGAUCCCGCACUUGACGCGCUCUGGCGCGUUCUACCUUCCGUAUUCCCAUUGCUUAGAGUAUUAAACUCUUUCCAGCUGGUCAACAACCAAUACAUACUACCAGACGUGAAGACCGAAGAAUGGAGUACCUUAGAACGUUAUACUCGCCGAGUUCGUGUCAUUCGCCUCGAGAAUACUUACUUUCACCGGAAUGUCUCUCCUCUGGUCUACUUUCGGCUGAAUCAGUUGAGAGGGUCUUCUCUCUUUCCAGCCCUCAGGGAACUGUGCAUCCCGCCAAAUGUCAACGUCGACUUGUUCAGCCCAUUUUCGAUGUUGUCGCCUAAUAUGCAACUGCUCGAGCUCAAUAAUAAUGUGCUCUCCAGGCCAGAACUAUUCCUUCCAUUUUAUUCCUUCGCAACCACCACUUCCCCCAAUCUCACCCAUCUUGUCUUACGCGGAGACGUUGCAAUCAACCUAGACCCCAUCUUCAAUUCUGGAUCUCUUCGUACGCUUGAACUCCACUUGUCUACCCAAUCAUAUGAUGCCAUGUUCUUUCGGAAGUUGGGUCUCCUUAGCAACCUUAGGAGCUUGACGCUCCUCUGUUCCUCAAAUGAGCGCCGCCGAGAACACAAAACUCACCCUCUCUCCUUUGUGCAGUCCAUGGAAAUCUUACACAUCAAAGGAUCUUUGAUCGCCAUGUCGGAAGCCAUGCAGCAGAUGUCGUGCAAGUCCCUGGUCGCCUUGACUCUUGAAGAAACUGCAUAUCGCAGCAACGACCCAGAGGGUUUGUGGUGGACGGAAUGCUUAAAACCGUCGUUGGAAGGUGUUCAGUCUCUCAAGAAAGUUGUCAUUACCCAGUAUUCCUCUCAUAAUCAUUCGCUCUCGUGUGUGCGUAUCACCCCACUUUACCAACUCCACAAUCUCGAGGUUUUAGAAAUCAAGAAUGGCCGAUUGACAUUAUCCGAAACUGAUUUUAUUGUCCUCGUCUCUGCAUUCCCCAAGCUCGAAAGGCUCUCUUUGCCUGAUGUGUGCAGCGAUUCCUGCCCUCCCAUAUCAGUGCUCUGGCAACCUUCCAUCAUACCGCCAACUUGA